AUGUCGUUGGCAUAUCCUCCCAGGCUUGUGAAAUACUUGUUCAAGUCGGCGAAAGAACGCAAUGCCGCCCAGAAAUCAUCUAUGAAAUCGAACUUCUUCGGCCACUUUCCACGCUCAUUCGGCUUGUACUUCUCAGGUCUUGGUGAUGACUUCUUGUCCUUGCGCUUCCACCUGUCAACGGCGACCGAUGAUCCGAAUUCAUCGAGAGAGGAUAUGUACGCGAUCACAUUCAAUAAGGGUCCCGGUACCAGGCAGAUGAUCUUGUAUCCUACGGCCGACCAUGGUGGUGCUCCCUUGGCCGUCGCUACCACGGAAAAGCGGUAUGGAAGUUCUGCAACAAUCAAGCUUCCGGGCGCCACAGAAGGUGCUUCGAGUACAGAGCGUUUGCGCUACACAGGCUUUGUCUCUGACACGUAUCAAUUCUCCUUACAUGGCGACACGUUUGAGCUUCGAGAGGGCAAAGGACGUCCAAAGACCCGGACCUUGGUCAAGUUGCUGGCGUCUAGCGAGGAUCCCGGUGGCGCGGAGACGAUGGCGACCUGGAGAGAAGGCUCGGUCCCCAACAGAGACGGUCGACUUGCUGGAUUCAGCUUCGUCAGCGAGGAAGCAGCACAGGAAAUGGGUGAGUAUGGUACACUGCUGGCAAUCAGUGCCAUUCUCAUAGCUUGUCAACAGGGUGAUGCGAUAGAGUGUACCUGGACAUGGCAAGAAGAGAAAGGUCUUGAGAUAAGCAACUACCAGUAG